AGAGUACCUUGAUGUGAACUGGUUCAGCUGAUAAGGCUGGUUAUAACACAAAGGGAGGAGCUGCAGACAGGGAGGGAAGUUGAAAGUGAAAGUAGUAAGACUGCCAGACAGCCAGACGCCAUUUUACAGCUCACGGAGCAGAAGGAGAACAACGGGACUGGAGAAGAUGAGUGAUUUAAAAGAUGAGGAAGAGGACACACCUUCAGUCUCCGGCUGUCUGUCUCUGAAGAGUGAUCGGUCUAAAGGCUGGCUUCCAGACUUCAGAAAUGAACCUGGACCCUCAGACACAGAACUGGAGAAGAUGAGUGAUUUAAAAGAUGAGGAAGAGGACACAUCUUCAGUCUCCAGCUGUCUGUCUCUGAAGAGUGAUCGGUCUAAAGGCUGGCUUCCAGACUUCAGAAAUGAACCUGGACCCUCAGACACAGAAGGGAAGAGGAGGAGUCCUGCCAGGCAGACCAGAACUGCACGAGCAGAGAGUGGUCUGCAGGAGGUUCUAGAUGAACAUAGGCUCAGUCUGAGGAGGAGAUGUGAACGUGUGACUGAAGGAACUGAUAGAAGUGAAACCCUCCUCAACAGCAUCUUCACUGAGCUCUACAUCACACAAGGCCAGAGUGAAGAGGUUAAUACCCAGCAUGAGGUGAGGCAGCUGGAGACAGCUUCCAAGAAGAAGCCCCUCCAUGACACUCCAAUCAAGUGCAGGGACAUCUUUAAAGCCUCACCUGACCAACAGACUCUCAUCAGAGCGGUCCUGACCAACGGAGUCGCUGGAGUUGGAAAAACCAUCUCAGUGCAGAAGUUCACUCUGGACUGGGCCGAGGGUUUGGGAAACCAAGAUGUGAGUCUGGUGAUCCCGCUCUCCUUCAGGGAGCUGAACCUGAUCAAAGCUGAGCAGUACAGUCUUCUCAGGCUGCUCCAUGUUUUCCAUCCCACCUUACAGAAGGUCACAGCAGAGCAGCUGGCUGUCUGCAAAGUGCUGCUCAUCUUUGACGGCCUGGAUGAAAGCAGACUUUCUCUGGACUUCAGAAACAAUAAGGUUGUGUCUGAUGUCUCUCAGCAGUCCUCAGUCAACGUGCUGCUGACAAACCUCAUCAGGGGGAAGCUGCUUCCCUCGGCUCUCGUCUGGAUAACUUCCAGACCUGCAGCGGCCAAUCAGAUCCCUCCUGAGUGUGUGGACAGGGUGACAGAAGUACGAGGCUUCACUGACGCCCAGAAGGAGGAGUACUUCAGGAGGAGAUUGAGUGAUGAAGACCUGUCCAGCAGAAUCAUCUCUCACAUCAAGAGCUCCAGGAGCCUCCACAUCAUGUGUCAGAUCCCAGUCUUCUGCUGGAUCACUGCUGCAGUUCUGGAACACAUGUUGACUACAGACCAGAGAGGAGAGCUGCCCCAGACCCUCACUGACAUGUACUCACACUUCCUGCUGGUCCAGACCAAGAGGAAGAAGCAGAAGUAUGAAGAGGGACAUGAGACGAGUCCACAGCAGCUGACGGAGGCUGACAGGGAGCUUCUUCUGAAGCUGGGGAGGCUGGCGUUUGAACAUCUGGUGAAAGGAGAGAUCAUGUUCUACCAAGAAGACCUGCAGCGCUGUGGCCUUGGUGUCACCGAGGCCUUGGUGCACUCAGGAGUUUGUACACAGAUCUUCAAAAGAGAGAGUGUGAUCUUUGAGAAAACAGUCUACUGCUUUGUUCAUCUGAGCAUUCAGGAGUUUCUGGCUGCAGUCUACAUGUUGCACUGUUACACCAACAGGAACAAAAAGGUCCUGAAGGACUUCCUGCAGAGUGAUCAGGAUUACUCAUCCCUGGAUGUCUUCCUGAAGAGAGCCAUGGAGAAAUCCCUCAGAAGUGAAAAUGGCCACCUGGACCUGUUUGUCCGCUUUCUCCACGGCCUCUCUCUGGAGUCCAACCAGAGACUGUUAGGAGGCCUGCUGGGUCCCACAGACAGCCGUCCAACAAUCAUCCAGAGACUCUUCAGAGGCCAGCUGGGUCGCACAGACAACACUCCAGAAACCAUCCAGAGAGCCAUCAGCAACCUGAAGGAGAUGAGCAGUGAUGAAAUCUCUCCUGACAGGAGCAUCAACAUCUUCCACUGUCUGACAGAGAUGAAGGACCACUCAGUACAUCAGGAGAUCACAGAGUUCCUGAAGACAGAGAACAGAUCAGAGAAGGAACUCUCUGAGAUCCACUGCUCUGCUCUGGCCUACAUGCUGCAGAUGUCAGAGGAGGUUCUGGAUGAGUUGGACCUAAAGAAGUACAGAGCAUCAGAGGAGGGACAACGGAGACUGAUUCCAGCUGUGAGGAACUGCAGGAAGGCCAAACUCACUAACUGUGGACUCUCAGAGACUGAAUGUGAAGUCGUGGCCUCAGCUCUGAAGUCUGACCCCUCCCACCUGAGAGAUCUGAACCUGAGUCACAGCCCUCUGAAGGACUCAGAUGUGGAGCGUCUGAGUUCUGGACUAAAGAGUCCAAACUGCAGACUAAAGGCUCUCAGUCUGAAGGGCUGCAGGUUGUCAGAGAUCAGCUGUUCUGCUCUGGCCUCAGCUCUGAAGUCCAACAUCCAUCUGAGAGAUCUGGACCUGAGUUGGAACGCUCUGAAGGAUUCAGGAGUGGAGCUGCUGAGAGAUCUUCUGGAGAGUCCAGACUGCAGACUGGAGACCCUCAGACUGAGGAGCUGCAGUUUGUCAGAGAUCAGCUGUUCUGCUCUGGCCUCAGCUCUGAAGUCCAACCUCCAUCUGAGAGAUCUGGACCUGAGUCAGAACGCUCUGCAGGAUUCAGGAGUGGAGCUGCUGAGAGAUCUUCUGGAGAGUCCAGACUGCAGACUGGAGACCCUCAGGAUCGGAUGGGAUGAGACGUUCAGAGCCACGAUCCAGAAGACCUGUGACAGGAAGUGAAGACACACAGGAAGGUCCCUGAGGGCUACCUGUUGACCCGUGUCCAUCUCAAAAUGGUCCCCAGGCAUCCCAUAAUCCUGCGUUUGGGGGGGAGACGUUCUCCCUGUAAUCAAAGCACUGGUUCUCUUGGAGACGCUCUCAAAGUCUUUGAGGACAAAGUCAGAAAAAGCCAAGAAGAAGAAAUGAUUUGAGCUCUUCUUUGUGUUCAUCACCCCGGGUUCAUUUAAAGGUCUCCUAUCAGGCAAAAGUCACUUUGUGAUGUAUUUUAUACAUAAACAUGUGUCCCCGGUGUCAGGAGACUCACGCAGCGUCAGAAAAUAAAACCCUCUCUCUUUUCCUCCGUACCCAAAUCUCUAAAAACGGGGAACAACGGAGCUGAUCCAGAUUUGCGUCCGAUAUGCCGUAAUAUCUGAAAUGUAGACCCACGGCCCAAUCAGAAACGUUGCUAUCAGAAACAAUGCGGAACGUGUUUUGGACGUAAUAUGGUCUGUGUUUACAUUAGCAUCGCUAACACUCAGAGCUAACCUGUACUGGAGAGCAUGUGUGUGAAGAAGCAGGAAGUAAAAAGUAACUCACCUUGUGGUAUAACCGGCAAGAGAGAAAGCCUUUGAGCUCCAAACUGUUUCAGAGAUAAUCCUUGAUGUGGUUUGGAACAUGAUGGCGUUUAAUCACCGCAGCGUUUAGCUUUAUCUCCGGAGAAUUCUGAGCAGGCAAAAGCUUCCCCUCCUUUUUUUAUAAAGCUAAGGACCCAGAAUCAGUGUUUCUCUAACAGCUGGAACAGAGGGAUAUGAGGGAUUCUAAAAUGUAUGAUCUGUUUGGUAUUUUCAGCAAAACACUUCAUAGACAUUAGGGCUGGGAAUCACCAGGCUCCCCACGAUACGAUACUAUCGCGAUACUUAAGCCACGAUACGAUAGUAUUGUGAUCUUACGAUAUGCUAAGUAUUGCGAUACGAUAUAUUGCAGAUCACAUGGGUCAUAUCCAUGUCCGUCUUCCCUUCCUGGUUAAAACAUGUAUUUGCAAUAUGAAUAGUUUAACCCAAUGUGUGUUAUUUGAACCUGAAAAGGAGAUGGCAUUGUUUUUGUUACUUUCAUUGCAAUUGUAUACUAACGUAACUUCCUGUUUUAUAUACGACCAUCUUUCGAAGGAAUAUGCUACAGUGUAUAUUAUAAAAAGUGUAUUUAAUAAAAUAUCGAUACUUGGCAUCCGUGUAUUGCCAAUAUCGCCAAUUAAAGUAUCGCGAUACUAUGCUGUAUCGAUUAUUUCCCCCACCCCUAAUAGACAUGUUUUUUAUAUAUCUGAGACCCAUAAUAUUUGCCUAAAAAUAGCAUAAUAGGAAACCUUUAAUAUCCAUUCAAAUGUUCCCGUUGAUUUGUAACUCUUCUAAAGGAGCUCUGCCUGGUGUCAUUGAAACUGUGCUAAAGCUGUGCAUGUAGUCUUUAUGACAUGUGAUCAGAUAUUGUUGAAACCUAUAAGAUGUGUUCUCUUCAGAACCGCUACAGGAUGUGGAUUUUGUAAAUUGUGGCAUUUAAAAAAAAAGUCUCUUUAAUAUUUGUUGUUAUGCUUCUUAGUUAACGUUAAGCUGUCUUUGGCUCUUUCUGCUGGAACAAAUGUACAUGUACCCUCUGUGGGACUAAUAAAGGUUUUCUGACUCUG